UUCCUGCGUGCAGUUAUGGGCAGUGUGGAGUUAAAGAAUUUAUUCACCGUCGCUCAAUUUAUUAAAGCCAGAUGUGAUCAUGGCCUGAAAGCUGGAGAACCUAAAAAUGUCAAAAAUUAUGUUUUUUUCGAGGUGGAGAUCCUGGACCCUAAAACCAGUGCGCAGCUCUGCUACCUGGACAAGGUGGAACCGAAUGCCACCAUCGGAGAAAUCAAGAUCCUGCUGCACAGAUUAUAUCCGAAGUGGUCUCCAGCGAGACAGGCUCUGAAACUCCACCCCGAGGGAAAAGCUCUUAGAGAUGAAGAUGUUUUGGAGGAUCUGCCUGUGGGGACGACGGCCACCAUGUUCUUGCAGGACCUCGGGCCUCAGUUAGGCUGGACCAUGGUGUUUCUGUCAGAAAGCAUCGGGCCGCUUUUUAUUUAUCUUCUGUUUUACUAUCGGCUACCGUUUAUCUACAGUCACGAGUUUGAUUACACACGAAGCUCACAUGCUGCUGUCAGACUGGCGUGUGUGUGUCACACCCUGCACUAUAUGAAGCGAUUAAUGGAGACAAUAUUCAUCCAUCGAUUUUCACACGGAACUCUGCCACUCUACACCAUGGCACUGAAUUGUUUAUAUUAUUGGGGAUUUUCAGCGUGGUUAGCAUUCUACAUCAACCAUCCUCUCUACACCACACCCAUGUUUGGGAAAAUUCAGAUCUACACAUCACUCGUUACGUUUCUGAUCUGUGAGUGUGGAAACUUCUCCAUCCACCUCACUCUGAAUCGCCUCAGCUGCAACGGAUCAAGGCCGAUGCAGAUUCCAUACCCGAGUAAAAAUCCCUUCACGUGGCUUUUCUUCUUCGUCUCUUGUCCAAACUACACAUAUGAGUUGGGUUCAUGGAUCAGCUUCACGGUGAUGACGCAGUGUGUUCCAGUCGCCGUGUUCACACUGAUCAGCUUCAUACAGAUGACCAUCUGGGCUCGAGGAAAACACAAAACCUAUACACAGGAGUUUGGAGAUUAUCCUGAGCUCAGGAAUGCCAUCAUUCCACUCUUCCUCUAGGGACUUGGGACACAGAACCCUUUUACAGCCUCAUUUCAUUUGGAAAUAAAAAAAAGGGCUUCAGGAUGAAGAUAAAUAAUUAGCAAUGAAAAUAUUUUAGUACAUUAAAUGCACAAUUGUGAAAAAAAAGUUCCGUCCCAAACAGAGUUCAUCCCUGCGUAGUGUUCUUCCUGGAACAUGAACAGACAAGACCCAAGCCAUAGCGUUACAACACAAACACACUUCACAUCAUCAUCAUCAUCAUCAUCUAAUAAACCAUUGUCUGCUUCUGAAUCAGUUCACAUACUGCAGCCGUGACUCUGCUGGGCUUCGUACACACACACACACACACACACACACACACACACACACACACACACUGCUUACACCAUCUGCACAUUUUAUUUCAUUUUAUUUCUUUACAUUUUUG